UAGAAGGGAGUGUGGGGACCGGGAGAGAGACGGGGAGUGGAUAUGAAGAGACGGGGUAGUAAAAGAGAAAAGGGAUUGUAGGGGGAAAGAGAGAGAGAGAGAGAAGGGAGAGUGUGGAUUGAAAGAGGUAGAAGUCCGAGUGGGGAGAUGAAGAGAGAUGAGGAAGAAUAGGGAAUAAGUGACGAGUAAGGGCAAGUGUGUUGUGGAAGAGGGAUUCCGGAGAAAGGGGAGUACAACAGUGUCACUCCACUCUUCAGGAAGCGAGAGAGGCAGAGGGAAGGAAACUGAAGGCCAGUUGGUCUGACCUCAGUGUUUGGGAAAUGUUGGAUUCGAUUGUUAAGGAUGAUGUCUCAGUGCUCUUUGGGCAAAUGAUAAAAAGGGCCGUAGUCAGCAUAGUUUCCUGACAAAUCUGUUGAAAUUCAUUGAAGAAAUAACAAGCGGGAUCGACAAAAGACAAUCGGUUGAUGUUGUGUGUUUUGAAUUUCAGGCCUUUAAAAAGGUGGCAGACAUGAGGCUGUUUAACACGCUACGAGCCCAUGGUAUUACAGAAAGAGCCCAGCACAGAUAAAGCAGUGGCUGAUUGACAGGAGGCAGAAUGUGUGAAUAAAUGGAGCGUUUUCUGUCUGGCUGCAGAUGUCCAAUGGCAUUCCACAGGGGUCUGUGAUGGGACCCAUUCUUCUCUGCUAUAUGGCAAUGACUUGGAUGAUGUAUUUGAUGGUUUUGCUGCAAAAUCUGCAGAGGACAUGAACAGAGAUGGAGGGAAAGGUAGUUCUGAGGACGUAGAGAGGCCACAGAAGGAGCUAGACAGAUUAGGAUUGGAAACGGCAGAUGGUAUACAGAGCAUUCAUUUCAUGAGGACUAAAAGGUAAAAGUAGGGACGAAAUGUUGAAACAUUAAAAAGCUCUGGUGAGGCCUCACUUGUAGUAUUUUGAGCAGGUUUGAGCUGCUUGUCUUAGAAAGCAUGUGCUGAAUCUCGAGGGGGUUCAGAGGUGGGGCACGAAAAUGGUUCCAGUAUUGAACAGGUUGUCAUAUCACCAUUGAUGUCUCUGGGCCAGAAUUCAGAAAAAUAAGGGGUGAACUCGUUGAAGGAGGAGCCUUGAUAGAGUGGAUGUGGGCAGGGUUUUUCCUGUGAUUGGUGGGUCUAAGACCGGAUGAGACAUGAGGGCAUCCUGUUAGAACGGAAAUGAGGAGGAGUUUCUUUAGCCAGAGUGGAGAAUCUAUGGGAUUCUUUGCCACAGGCAGUGGUGGAGGCCGAGUCUCUCUGUACAUUUACUACAGAUGGUCAUAUAUUACUGAUUGUUCAGGGUGUUAAAGGAUACGGGGAGAAGACAGGAGAUUGGGUCUGUUGCGAAAUUGGAUCAACCAGGAUGAUAUGCUGAUAUAUUGAAACAGAGUGGAUGGGCCGAAUGUCCUAACCUGCUCCAGCACCUCAUGGUCUUAUGGACUUUCUGCCUUUUGAACACUUCUGUCUCUUUGGGAUGUGUAUAUCCUGCGCUUUCUGAAUUGCUUCCCGAAAUUCCACCCAUUCUUGCUUUGACGUUAUCGGUGCCAAAGGUCUUUUCCAAUCACUUUUGGCCAGCUCCUCUCUCAGGCCUCUGCAGUUUCCUUCAUUCCACUGCAACACUGCAUCUCCGUUGUGCUUCCCCUUCUCAAAUUGCAAAUUCAAUCCCGGUUCAUUGCAUCACACCCUAACCAGAAUAGCAGAUCCCUUAGUGCAGUGGUCCCCAGCCACCAGGCCGCAAUGCAUGUUCUACUGGGCCGCGAGGAACCGAAAUGAUUUGGCGAUAGUGGGUUUAACCACGAGCUGCUCUCUGAAGCCACCUCGCAGGCAUUCUAGAAAUUCUCCCCCGGGGCAUCCAGCAGCAACCGGGCUUUCCCAAUCUAUUUGUGUACUGAAAUCCCACAUGACUAUUGUAACGUUGACCCGCUGACUUGCAUUUUCUAUCUCCCGUUGUAGUUUGUAGACUACGUCCUUACUACUGUUUGGGGUUCUGCACAUACCUUCCACCAGGAUUUCUUUGCACUUGCAGUUCCUCAGCUCUCCCCACAGCGACUCAGCACCUUCCGACCCUAUGCCAGCUCUUUCUGAUGGUUUGAUUUUGUUAUGUUUACCAACAGGGCCACGCUGUCAGUGAUGCCCACAACCUCAUGUAUGCCAGUCCGCAGCUCUUCCUCCACGUCAGUUUGCACAAUGCGCGCAUUCAAAUGUAAUACCGUCAGUCCUGUGUUCAGCCUUUUAGAUUCUGUGUGUCUUUUCCAUCGCAACUCAUCCUGUCGAAUGCCAGGUUGCCCGAUCAGCAGCCUCUCAUUGCCAGCAGUCUCACAACAUACUGUCUCUGUCUACAAACCAACGACCUCAUCCUCGGCGGUAGCACAUCGGUUCCCAAACCCCUUACCUAACUCUAAAAUAUCUUUUUUAGGGCCUGCUGACAUUUUUAACUGUCAUUGGUGCCAAUAUUUACCAACAAGUCUGGUUGCUCGCCCUCCCCCUUUAGAAUGCCAGGGGCCUGAUCGGAGUCAUCCCUGUCCCUGGCACCUGGACACAUCUCACCAUCCGGGUGACUCUAUCGCCAGCACAGAACCGCUGGUCGUUGGUUGACAACAGGAGGAACUCUAACCCUGUUACGGCGGAGGGAGGAUCGGGUGAGAGUUAAUGUUCUAGAAAUGGAGGGGUUGUCUCAUGGAUCAGAGGGAAUGAAAGGUUGGAGAGGCUUCUGUUGUUUCCUCUGUAGUGAUGAGGCCUGAGGGAAGACCAGAGGCAGACUGAGGCUGAGUAGAGAUCUGAGAGAAGAGAACCGACAUCGUUUGUUCACCAGGUGAAUAUCUCAAUUACCAGAGGAUGCGAUUUCAAAGUGAGCGUGGGACAGUUCAAAGAUGAUGUUUACCUGUGCCCCGGUACUCCACUCUGCUCCACAGUUCGUUUUCUCUCUCUCUCUCUCACUCCCUUUCUCCCUCUCACCCCCCCCCCUUAAUUCUCUUAUCUCUCCGUCUCUCUCUCUCUCUCACUCUCUCUCUAUACAUAUACAAUUCCUCAAUUUCUCUAUCACCUCUUUUCCUCAUCCGUACUCUUUUGCACCCUCCCACUCUUUCCUCCAAACAUUCUUCCCCACACAGUCACUAACCUGCAUCUUUCCCUUACUGUCUCUUACUCCGUUUAUGCCUAACCUUUCGCUUGCCGAUCUUUCUCCCCAAUUCCCCCUUUCCUGUAGCUUGCUGUCUCCGCCACCCACCCGUCUAGACCAGCACCCCUCCCCCACCCCGCACUGUGAUGACGGUUUUACACACUCAGUGGAUUACAGAUGUUGUAUAAUUUCUCGUCGGUUGGAAAGAUUCAAUGUUCUCUCAGAAGAUAAAGGCUUGUGGUUUCUGGGAGAGGCCUGGUUGUUACCGUUUAGUGUGCUGCAGUAUAGGCGGCGGAGGAGUGUGGAGAACGGGGGAGAGGGAGGGUAAGUGAGGAAAUAAGAGGGGGAAGAAGAGGGAAAAGGAGAGGGGUAGAGAGAAGGGGAAGAGAGAGAGAGAGAGAGAGAGAAAGAAAGAGAGAGAGUGACAAGUAGAGGGGGGGAGAGGGAAGAGGAGAGGAGAGGUGAGCCUAAAUUGGGACAGUUGGUUUCAAUGAAUCAAGGUACAGUGAUAACUUUUGAUUCGCAUCCCGUCCAUAUAGAUCAAUUCAUCACCUCGGGACUGGGAGUGCGGGGUCGCGAAAUGAGAAGGGACAAUUAAUUAAAUGAACGAAUCAUACAGACCAAUUAAUCACAACACUGCAUUAGGGAGAUUGUGAAGUUAGUGAUUCAUCUCUCAGGAAGUCAGAAUGUUCGACGUGUGUGGGGUCUUUGAUACUGUGGACUGUUUUAUUGAGGCAGAGAGAUGUGUAAACAGUGUCCACAGUUUCCGUGCUAUUCUGAACCUGUUCACAGCUCUCUGCAGUGUUUCCGGUGGUGGCCAGUGCUGUUGCCGUGACAACACGACUAGUUUCCGCACAGGAUGUGUUCUGUAAAAACAGAUGAUGGUCGUCCAGGAGGAGCCGAUUUUCUUCAGCCUCUCAAAGAAGCAGAGAGGCCGCUGAGCUUUCUUGGCGAUAGUGUCCUUGUGGCUGGACAAGGACAGGCUGUCAGUGGUGUUCACUCUCAGGAGAUUGCAGCUCUCAACCCCCUUAUCCUCUGCCGUUGAUGUAAACAGGAAUGUCGGCAUCGCCCCGGCUGACUUCCUGUUGUCAGUAACCAGCUCUAUUGUGUUGGUGAAAUGGAGGGGGUGGGGAGUGUUGAUACCAGGUCACAAAGCUCUCCAGCUCCGACCCGACACGCGGGUGAAGAAGGUUUACUGGAGUAAAUUCCAACCGUGUGCAAAAAGCGCUGGCUGUCUCACUCUCUCUCCCUCUCCCUCUCUCUCUCCCCCUCCCUCUCUCUGUCCCCCUCCCUCUCACUCUCUCCCUCUCUAUCACUCUGCCUCUCUCUCAAUCACUCUCCCUCUCCUCCCCACUGUCUGUCUCCCUCUCCCUCUCACUCUCUCUCAAUCUUACUCCCUCUCCCUCUCUUCCUCUGCUUCUCCCUCUCUCACUCCCUCUCCCCACCCUCUAUCUCUGUCUCUCUCCCCCUCUCUCACUCUCUCCCCACCCCCUCUCUGUCUCUCCCCCUCACUCUCUCUCACUCUCUGUCUCCCUCUCUCUCCCUCUCUGUCUCUCUCUCCCUCUGACUUCCUGUCACUCCCUCUCUCUCACUCUCUCUCCCCACCCACUCUCUCUCUGUCUCACUCUGUCUCCCUCUCUCGUUCUCUGUCUGUCUCACUCUCUGUCUCCCUCUCUCUCCCUCUCUCUCCCUCUCUGUCUCUCUCCCUCUGACUUCCUCUGUCACUCCCUCUCUCUCACUCUCUCCCCACCCACUCUCUCUCUGUCUCCCUCUCUCGUUCUCUGUCUGUCUCACUCUCUGUUCCUCUCUCCCUCUGUCUCUCUCCCCCUGUUUCUGUUCCUCUCUCUCCCUCUCUCUGUCUCACCCCCUCUCUUCCUCUCUGUCUCUCUCCCACUGUUCCUCUCUCGCUGCCUCUCUCCCCCCACACUCUCUCUCUUGUUGUCUCUCUCCCUCUCCCCACUCUCUCUCUCUGUCUCUCCCUCCUCUCUCUCUUCCUCUCUCACUCUCUCUCUCCCCCACUGUUCCUCCCUCUGCCUCUCUCCCCACGCUCUCUCUGUCUCUCUCCCUGUCUGUCUCCCUUUCUUUCUCUCUGUGUCUCUUUCACUCUCUGUUCCUCUCUCUCCCUCCCUCUCUCUCUCUCUCUGUCUCUCUGUCUGUCUCUCUCCCUCUCUCUCUCUGACUUUCUCUCCCCCUCUCAAUUCUCUGUCUCCCUCUCCCUCUCAAUCUCUCACUCCCUCUGACUCUCCCUCACUCUCUCCCCACCCUCUCUCUGUCUCUCCCUCUGUUCCUCUCUCUCUCUAUCUCUCCCUCUGUCUCUCUAUCUCUCUCUCCCUCUCUGUUCCAAUCUCUCUGCCUGUCUCUGUCUCUUCCUCUCUCUCUUGCUCUCCCUCUCUCUCUCCCCCUCUCUCUCACUCCCUUUCUCUCUAUCACCUUUCAGUCUUUCCCUCUCCCUCUCACUCUCUCCCCACCCUCUCUGUCUCUGUCUCUCCCCUUCUCUCUUCCUGUGUAUCUUGCUCUCCCUCUCCCUCUCUCUCUGCCUGUCUCUCUGUCUCUCUCCCUCUCUCUGUUUCUGUCACUCCCUGUUCCUCUCUCUCACUCUGUUCCUCUGUCUCUCCCCCCCCUGUCUCUCUCUACCUCUCUCACUCUCUCCCCACCCUCUCUCUCUGCCUGUCUCUCUGCCUCACACACUCUCUCCUGCUCUUCCUCUCUGUCUCUCUCACUGACUGUUCCUCUCUCUCUCUCUCACUCUGUUCCUCUCUCUCUCCCUCUCCUUCUCUCUCUUCCUCUCUCUGCCUCUCUCUCCCCCACUGUUCCUCUCUCGCUGCCUCUCUCCCCCUCUCUUACUCUCCCCAUGCUCUCUCUCUGUCACCCUCUGUCUCUCCCUCUUUCUGUCUCCCUCUCUUUUUCUCUCUGUCUCUCUCUCACAUGGUCUCCCCACACUCUCUCUCUGCCUGUCUUUCCUUCUCUCCACCUCUCUCUCUCUCACUCUCUGGCCCUCUCUCUCUGUCUCUCUCACUGUUCCUCUCUCUGCCUCUCCUCUCUCUCUAUCUCUGCCUCUCUCCCCCUCUCUGUCUCUCUCUCACUCUCUAUCUCUCCCUUUCUCUCUCUCCCUCUCCCACUCACUCUCUCCCCACCCUCUCUCUCUCUCUCCCUCUUUCUGUCUCUCUCUCACUUUCUCUGUCUCUCUCCCUCUCUCUCCGUCUCUCUCCCUCUCCCUCUCUCCCCACCCUCUGUCUCUCCUUCUCUCUCUCUAUCUUGCUUCCUCUGUCUCUCCCUCUCUCUGUCUCUCUCCCUCUCUCACUGUUCCUCAUUGUCUCUCUCACUCACUGUCUCUCCCUCUCUCCUUCCCUCUCCUUCUCACUCUGUCUCACUGUUCCUCUCUCUCUGACUCUCACUCUCUCCCCAUGCUCUCUGUCUCUCACCCUCUCUGUCUCCAUCUCUCUCUCACUCACUCUCUGUUCCUCUCUCUCCCUCUGUUUUUCUCUCCCUCUCUCCCCACCCUCUGUCUCUCCUUCUCUCUCUCUCUAUCUUGCUUCCUCUGUCUCUCCCUCUCUCUGUCUCUCUCCCUCUCUCACUGUUCCUCAUUGUCUCUCUCACUCACUCUCUGUCUCUCCCUCUCUCCUUCCCUCUCCUUCUCACUCUGUCUCACUGUUCCUCUCUCUCUGACUCUCACUCUCUCCCCAUGCUCUCUGUCUCUCACCCUCUCUGUCUCCAUCUCUCUCUCACUCACUCUCUGUUCCUCUCUCUCCCUCUGUUUUUCUCUCACUCUCUCCCCAUGCUCUCUCUCUGUCUCUCUCCCUCUCUCCUCACCCACCUCUCUCUCUGUCUCCCUCUCUUUCUCUCUGUCUCUGUCUCUCUCUCACUCUCUGUUCCUCUCUCUCCCCCACUCUCUCUUUCUGUCUCUCUCCCUCUCUGCUCCCUCUCUUUCUCUCCCCCCACCCUCACUGCCUCCCACUCUCUCUGCCUGUCUCUCUGUCUCUCCCUCUCUCUGUCUGUGUCUCUCUGUCUGUCUCUCUCAAUCUCUGUCUUUCUCCCUUUCUCUCUCUCUCUCUCGCCCUUAACUUUCUUAUCUCUCCGUCUCUCACUCUCUCACUUUACAUAUACAAUUCCUCAAUUUCUCUAUCUCCUCUUUUCCUCAUCCGUACUUUUUUACACCCUCCCACUCUUUUCCUCCAAACAUUCUUCCCUACACAGUCACUAACCUGCAUCUUUCCCUUAUUGUCUCUUACUCCGUUUAUGCCGAACCUUUCGCUUGUCUCUCGUUUUCUCCCCAAUUCCCCCUUUCCUGUAGCUGGCUGUCUCCGCCACCCACCCGUCCAGACCAGCACCCCUCCCCCACCCCGCACUGUGAUGACGGUUUUACACACUCAGUGGAUUACAGAUGUUCUAUAAUUUCUCGUCGGUUGGAAAGAUUCAAUGUUCUCUCAGAAGAUAACGGCUUGUGGUUUCCGGGAGAGGCCUGUUUGUUUCCGUUUAGUGUGCCGCAGAAUAGGCGGCGGAGGAGUGUGGAGAAGGGGGGAGAGAGAGGGCAAGUGACGUAAGAGAGGGGGAAAAAGAGGGGAAAGGAGAGGGGUAGAGAGAAGGGAAAGAGAGAGAGGGAGAGAAAGAGUGACAGGCAGAGUGAAUGGGGGGGGGGGCGAGAGGAGAGAUGAGCAGAAAUUGGGACAUUUGCUUUCAAUGAAUCAAGGUACAGUGAUAACUUUUGAUUCGCAUCCCGUCCAUAAAGAUCACUUCAUCACCUCGGGACUGGGAGUGCGGGGUCGCGAAAUGUGAAGGGACAAUUAAUUAAAUGAACGAAUCAUACAGACCAAUUAAUUACAACACUGAAUUAGGGAGAUUGUCAAGUUAGUGGUUCAUCUCUCAGGAAGUCAGCAUGUUCGACGUGUGUGGGGUCUUUGAUAAUGUGGACUGUUUUAUUGAGGCAGAGAGAUGUGUAAACAGUCCAUAGUUUCCAUGAUGUACUGAACUUGUUCACAGCUCUCUGCAGUGUUUCCGGUGGUGGCCAGUGCUGUUGCCGUGACAACACGACUAGUUUCCGCACAGGAUGUGUUCUGUAAAAACAGAUGAUGGUCGUCCAGGAGGAGCCGAUUUUCUUCAGCCUCUCAAAGAAGCAGAGAGGCCGCUGAGCUUUCUUGGCGAUAGUGUCCUUGUGGCUGGACAAGGACAGGCUGUCAGUGGUGUUCACUCUCAGGAGAUUGGAGCUCUCAACCCCCUUAUCCUCUGCCGUUGAUGUAAACAGGAAUGUCUGCAUCGCCCCGGCUGACUUCCUGUUGUCAGUAACCAGCUCUGUUGUGUUGGUGAAAUGGAGGGGGUGGGGAGUGUUGAUACCAGGUCACAAAUCUCUCCAGCUCCGACCCGACACGCGGGUGGAGAAGGUUUACUGGAGUAAAUUCCAACCGUGUGCAAACAGCACUGGCUAUGUGAACACGGGUGGAUCUGUCCAGACGGACUGAAGGGUCUAUUUACGCGCUUUCCCCGAAUCUCGUCCUUCUCUCUCACUUUUCUCACUCUCACCUUCCUCUCUCUAGUCUCUCUGCGUUUCUCCUCUCUCAUCCCAAACUCUACUAUCCCCCCUCACUCUCCUCCAUUACUCCCCACUCCCACUGCCUUACACCACUCUCACACUCAACCCUCACCCUCUGCUUACUCCCUACCUUCCUGAAUCCUGCAUCACUCAUAUGAAACAUAUUCCUCCCGCGCCCUCCUCAUCCAGGCGAAAGGCUUUAUCUGCUGUUGCUUCCGCAGGACACGGAUUUACUCAACUUCCGGUGACUCUGAUUCACUGUCAAACCCUCAGCGGAGAGGGAGGGAGAGGGGAUUUAUCAGGCCAUUGGGAAGAGGGAGAAACAAAGAUGGUGUAAUUGGGAAGGGGGCAAGGGAAGAGGGAGACUAAGGGAUGACGACAUGUGGGGAGAGGAAAGUCUGUAGAAGGAGGAGAGAUAGAAUGGGUAAAGAGCUCGGGGGAUGUUCAGAAGCAGGAGAUACUGGGAUGAUGGAGAAACAGGGCUGAAUGGAACCAGACAGGAGAAGAAGUUCACUCACCCUCUCCAUCUCCCUCUCCCUAUCCGUCCCCAUCUCUCAUUCCCCCUACUCUCUCGCCUUCUCCCUCUUUCUUUGUCUCACUCUCUCUCUCUUUUUCUCUCUCCCUCUCCGUUUCUCUCAGUUCUCUCUGUCUCCCUCUCCAUCUUAUUCUUUCUCUCUCUCUAUCACUCGGCCUCUCUCAUUCACUCUCUCUCUCUGCCUCCCUCUCUCACUCUCUCUCAAUCUCUCACUCCCUUUCCCUCUGUCUUCCUCUGUCUCUCCCUCUCCCCACCCUCUCUCUAUCUGUCUCCCUCUCCCUCUCAUUCUCUCUCCCCUCUUCCUCUCACUUUCUCUCCUCUCCCUUUCUCUCCUCUCCCUCUCUCUAUCACUCUCUCUGUCUCUCUCUUCCCCUCUCUAUCUGUCUCUCUCUCUCUCCCUCUUUCUCUGUUCCUGUCUCUCUGCCUGGACCUCUCUCUGUGUCUUGCUCUCCCUCUCUGUCUCUCCCUCUCUCCAUCUCUCACUCACUCUCCCCCCUCUCUGUUCCUCUCUCUGCCUCUCUCCCUACCCUCUCUUUAUGCCUGUCUCUCUCUCAAUCUCUCUGUCUCCUCCCUCUCUCUGUCUCUCUCACUCUCUCCCUCUCUUUCUCUCACUCUCACCCUCUCUGUCUGUCUCGCCCUCUCUCUCUCUCUCUCUGUCUUGCUCUCCCUGUCUCUCUCUCUCACUCUCUCCCCCCUUUCUCUCUCUGUUCCUCUCUUUCCCUCUCUCUGUCUCUCCCUCUCUGCCUCUCUCACUCUCUCUCCCUCUGUCUCACUCUCUCCCCACCCUCUCUCUCUAUGUCUGUCUGUCUCUCUCUCUCAAUCUCUCUCUGUCUCUUCCCCUCUCUAUCUGUCUCUGUCUCUCUCUUUUACUCUUCCAUUCUCUCUCCCUCUCUCUCCCACUCCCUCUCUCUCUCACUCUCACCCCACCCUCUCCCUCUCUCUGUCUCCCUCUCUUUCUCUCUGUCUCACUCUGUACCUCUCUCUCCCUCUCUCUGUCUCUCUCCCUCCCCUCACUCUGUCUCUCCCUCUUUCCCCACCCUCUCUCUCUCUGUCUGUCUCUCUCCCUCUCCCUCUCACCCUUCCUCUCUCUCUUUCUCUCUCUCUGGCACUGUUCCUCUCCCUCUCUCUUUCUCUCUCUCACUCUAUCCCUGUCUCCCCCCCAGUUCUCUCUCUCCCUCUCCCUCACACUCUCUUCCCUCUCCCUCUCUCUAUCACUCUCUGCCUCUCUCACUCAGUAUCUCUCUCUUCCCCGCUCUGUCUGCCUCCUCCUCCCUCUCACUCUCCCAAUCUCUCUCUCCCUAUCCCUCAGUCUUUCUCUGUCUCUCUGUCUUCCUCUCUCUCCCCACCCUCUCUCUGUCUCUGUCUCACUCUCUGUUCCUCUCACUCUGUCUCCCUCUCUUUCUAUCAUUAUCUCACCCUCUCUGUCUAUCUCUCCCUCUGUCUCUCUGUUCCUCUCUCCCUGUCUCUCUCUCUCUCUCUCCCCACCCUCUCUCUCUGUGCCUGUCUCUCUGAAUCUCUCUCUGUCUCCCUCCCUCUCUCUGCCUCUAUCUCUGUCACUGUUCCUCUCUCCUCUCUCUCUGUCCCUCUCUUUCUCUCACUGUCUCACCCUCUCUGUCUCUCUCUCCAUCUCUUUUACUCUCUCUCCCCCUUUCUCUCUGUUCCACUCUCUCUCUGUCUCUCUCUUUCUGUCUCUCCCUCUGUCUCACUCUCUCCACACACUCUCUCAGUAUCCCUCUCUCUCUUGCUCUCCCUCUCUCUGUCUCUCUCACUCCCUAUUCCUCUCUCUCUCUCACUCCCUGUUCCUCUCUCUCUCACUCUCUGUUCCUCUCUCUGUCUCUGACACCCCUCUCUCUCUCACUGUCUCUCUCCCCUCUCUCUCUCCCCCACUGUCUCUCUGUCUCUCUCACUCUCUGUUCCUCUCUCCCUCUCUCUUCCUCUCUCUUUCUCUCCCUCUCUCCCCGCUCUCUGUCUCUCUCCCCCUCUCUCUGCCUGUCUCCUCUCUCUCUCUGCCUCUCCCUCUCGCCAGCUCACUCUCUGCCUCUUCUCUGUCCCUGUGUGUGUGUCUCUCUGUCUCUCUCUCUCCAUCUUUUUCUCACUCUCUCCCCACCAUCUAUCUGUCUCCCUCUCUCUCUCUCUGUUAACCUCUCUCUCUUCCUCUCUCUCCCUCUCUCUCUGCAACAGUCUCUCUAUCACUCACUGUUCCUCUCCCUCUCUCUCUACCCGUUAACUUUCUUAUCUCUCUGUCUCUCCCUCUCUCUCACUCUCUUUACAUAUACAAUUCCUCAAUUUCUCUAUCACCUCUUUUCCUCAUCCGUACUCUUUUGCACCCUCCCACUCUUUCCUCCAAACAUUCUUCCCCACACAGUCACUAACCUGCAUCGUUCCCUUAUUGUCUCUUACUCCGUUUAUGCCUAACCUUUCGCUUGUCUCUCGCUUUCUCCCCAAUUCCCCCUUUCCUGUAGCUUGCUGUCUCCGCCACCCACCCGUCCAGACCAGCACCCCUCCCCCACCCCGCACUGUGAUGACGGUUUUACACACUCAGUGGAUUACAGAUGUUGUAUAAUUUCUCGUCGGUUGGAAAGAUUCUCAGAAGAUAAAGGCUUGUAGUUUCUGGGAGAGGCCUGUUUGUUUCCAUUUAGUGUGCUGCAGAAUAGGCGGCGGAGGAGUGUGGAAAAGGGGGGAGAGAGAGGGUAAAUGAGGACGUAAGAGUGGGGGAAGAAGGGAGAGGAGAGGGGCAGAGAGAAGGGAGAGACAGAGAGAGAAAGCGAGAGAGUGACAGGCAGAGAGAAUGAGAGGAGGGGGGAGAGGAGAGGAGAGAUGAGCGUAAAUUGGCACAUUUGCUUUCAAUGAAUCAAGAUACAGUGAUAACUUUUGAUUCACAUCCUGUCCAUAAAGAUCAAUUCAUCACCUCUAAACUGGGAGUGCGGGGUCGCGAAAUGUAGGGAGACAAUUAAUUAACUUAACGGAUCAUACAGACCAAUUAGUCACAACACUGCAUUAGGGAGAUUGUGAAGUUAGGGGUCCAUCUCUCAGGAAGUCAGAAUGUUCGACGUGUGUGGGGUCUUUGAUAAUGCGGAAUGUUUUAUUGAGGCAGAGAGAUGUAUAAACAGUGUCCACAGUUCCCAUGAUGUACUGAACUUGUUCGCAGCUCUCUGCAGUGUUUCCGGUGGUGGCCAGUGCUGUUGCCGUGACAACACGACUAGUUUCCGCACAGGAUGUGUUCUGUAAAAACAGAUGAUGGUCGUCCAGGAGGCGCCGAUUUUCUUCAGCCUCUCAGAGAAGCAGAGAGGCCGCUGAGCUUUCUUGGCGAUAGUGUCCUUGUGGCUGGACAAGGACAGGCUGUCAGUGGUGUUCACUCUCAGGAGAUUGGAGCUCUCAACCCCCUUAUCCUCUGCCGUUGAUGUAAACAGGAAUGUCUGCAUCGCCCCGGCUGACUUCCUGUUGUCAGUAACCAGCUCUAUUGUGUUGGUGAAAUGGAGGGGGUGGGGAGUGUUGAUACCAGGUCACAAAUCUCUCCAGCUCCGUUCCGACACUCGGGUGGAGAAGGUUUACUGGAGUAAAUUCCAACCUUGUGCAAACAGCACUGGCUAUGUGAACACGGGUGGAUCUGUCCAGACGGACUGAAGGGUCUAUUUACGCGCUUUUCCCGAAACUCGUCCUUCUCUCUCACUUUUCUCCCUCUCACCUUCCUCUCUCUAGUCUCUCUCCGCUUCUCCUCUCUCAUCCCAAACUCUACUAUCCCUCCCCCUCACUCUCCUCCAUUACUCCCCACUCCCUCCGCCUUACACCACUCUCACACUGAUCCCUCAUCCUCUGCUUACUCCCUACCUUCCUGAAUCCUACAUCACUCAUAUGAAACAUAUUCCUCCCGCGCCCUCCUCAUCCAGCUGAAAGGCUUUAUCUGCUGUCCCUUCCGCAGGACACGGAUUUACUCAACUUCCGGUGACUCUGAUUCACUAUCAAACCCUCAGCGGAGUGGGAGGGAGAGGGGAUUUAUCAGGACAUUUGGAAGUGGAAGAAACAGUUGAGGGAGUUGGGAAGGGGGCGAGAGAGGAGGGAGACUGAGGGAUGACGAGAUGUGGGGAGAAAUAAUUAUGUAGAAGGAGGAGAGAGAGAACGGGUAAAGAGCUCGAGGGAUGUUGAGAAGCAGGAGAUACUGGGAAAAUGGAGAAACAGGAUUAAAUGAAACCAGACAGGAGAGGAAUUUCACUCUCACAUUCUCCACAUCCCUCUAUCACUCCCCCUCCUCUCUCUCUCUCUCUCCCUCUCCCCUUCUCCCUCUUUCUCACUCUCUCUCUCUUUCUGUCUCCUUCUCCCUCUGUCUCUCCCCCACUCUCUCUCUCCCCCUCUGAUACACUUUCUCUCCUCUGUCUAUCUCUCUCACCCUCUCCACACCCCCUCUCUCAUUCUCCCUCUCACUCUCUCCCCAUCUUCUCCCAUUCUGUCUCCCUCUCUCUCUGUUCCUCGCUCUCUCUGUCUCUCUUCCUCUCACUCUCCCUCUGACUCUCCCUCUCUCUCCCUCUCUGUCUUCCUCUCUCUAUCCCUCUUUCUCUGUGUCCCCCUCUCUCUCUCUCUCUCUCUCUCUCUCUUCCUCUGUCUCUCUCUCUCAGUGUACUAUAAAGGCACGGAGGAGGGAAGAAUAUGCAGUCUGGGAGAAAGGCGGAGCUGGGUUCACUGAAUGAAGCCAAUGCCGAUAUAAUCAAUUGCUGACUCGAUCAGUUUCACUCCUCCCUCUCCAUCUCUGUCUAACUCAUUUCCCUCUCUCCGUGGCCGAAGCACAAAUGUGAAAAUGGUGAGGGAAAAAAGAGAGUGAGGCAGAGAGAUGUUAAGAGACAAAGGGUAGACUAUAGUGGGGAGAAUGGGAGAGUGCGGGUAAGUAGGUUGAACAGGGUGACAGUGGGAUGAGCAAGUGGGUGUAGUGAUAGAGGGUGAAGAGAGGCACCGAGGGAAGGAGGAAGGAAGGUGGAGGGUAAGAACGUGAGCAAAGUGUGGGGAGGCAGAGAGGGAGAACAAUUUUACGUGAAAUUUGGGCAAGCAAGAGAAGGAGAGCAGGAGAGCGGGAACGGGGUGGGAUAGACAGGGAGGGAAGGACAGAGGGGAAAGGAAGGAGUGGAGUAGCGUGGAGGCGGGAGAGAUGGAGAGGGCUGGAGUGGAGGAGAGCGUGGGAGUGAUUGCGAGAGUAAUACACUGGAGAUAUUUUGUAUGUGUGUAUGUGUGUGAGAGAGUGAUAAAGGGGGAGACAGAGAGACUGCAAUGAACUGUCGGGGUGAGAGAGCGACAGAGGGAGUGAGAGCGCGUGGCAGACAUGGGUAAGAAUGGAGGAAGGGAGAGAGGUGCAGGAAGUGGGAAAGGAGAACAACACACACAAAAUGUUGGAGGAACUCAGCAGGUCAGGCAACCUCUAUGGAAAAUAAUAAAGAGUGGACGUGUCGGACCGAGAUCAGCAAGAUGAGCGGAUUCGAUCAGUGGGGAGUGGGAACUUCCUGAGGAUGCUGCGGGAUUGUUUGUUAGAUUACAACGUUGAUGGACUUUUGAUCGGUCAGGGCAUGAAAGGAUACGCGGCGAAGGCAGGAAAAUGCGGCUGGGAGGUAAAAUGGAUUUACCAUGAUGAAGCGGCAGAGCAGAUUUGAUGGGCCAAAUGGCCUAAUUCUGCUUCUGUCUCUCAUGGUCUUAUGGUCCAAGAGCAGCCUCUCAUUCAAUGAGAGCAAGAGCAAUGAACUGGUUAUGGACUUUGGAGGAGGAAACAGGAACCCAUGAGGCAAUCCUCAUCGGGGCUCAAAGGUGGAGACGUUCAGCAACUUUAAAUUCCACAGUGUUAACAUUUCAGAGGAUCUGUCCCGAGCCCGGGACACAAGUGCAAUUACAAGAAAGCAGGAACUGUCUGUCCUCAGUAGUAUGGCCCAGCACAUCACGGGUAAAACUCUCCUCACAACUGAGCACAUCUCUGAGGGCUGUUGUCGCAGGAAAUCAGCAUCCGUCAUCAAGGACCCCCACCACCCAGGCCAUGCUCUCUUCUCAAUGCUGCCAUCAGGAAGAAGGUGCAUGAGCCUCAGGAGCCUCAACCCCAGGUUCAGGAACAGUUAUUACACUCAACCAACAGGUCCUUCUUUCCUUUAACAAUAUUUUUUAUUCAGAAGAAAAAAAAAUUUAGAGUGCAACACAUAGAUACAUUUCAACAUAACUUGCUGUAUACAUAUAUAUUGUACUACAACAUAUAUUGUAGUAAAAUUGAUCAAAAUGUUAUAGCAUAACACAUAAAGGUAUACCACUCUAAUCAAAAAUUUAAAGAUAGGUCAUACAUCAUAAAAUAAUUUAUAUAUAUA